GCCCCGCACCAAAACACACCCCCACUAAGCAGCAACACACACGCCACAGCAGCAGCCAAGGAAGAGCUCAGUCAGAUCCCUAUCGAUGGCGUCGCUCACCAUGAUGGCGUCCCUCUCCGCGGCGGCCGUGGCGGUCGACCGGCGCGUGUCGUCCGCCCCGCGCCGCGGGGGGCUCGUUGUGGCCAGGGCCGCCAAGGAGGAGCCGGCGGCGGCCAAGCUGGCGGUGGAGUCCACCAACAGCACCAGGGGCGGCGCCGAGGGCCGCCGCGCCGUGGUGUUCGCCGCGGCCGCGGCCGCCGUGUCGGCCAUGGGCAGGGCAGCGGUCGCCGAGCCGGACGUGAAGCGCGGGAGCCCCGAGGCCAAGAAGAAGUACGCCACCAUCUGCGUCACCAUGCCCACCGCCAAGGUCUGCCACAACUGAUGAUCAAGCCGUCGCUCGAUCGUGUGUUGCGACGUACGCGCGGAUGGUUGUGCGUGCGUGGGCGGUGGUAAAUAUUGUACGGGUUUUUAUCUCUUGUCAAAGAGCUUAGAUCAAUCGAUGGGGCCGCGGCUGGGCGGAUGUCUCGCCAUGGUCGACGCUCUCACAAGUUGUUGUAAUAUUGAUCCAUUGCAAAUUCGAGGUGAAACAAACGUACGUUAACCGGCCGGCCUGGCUUGUUUCAUUACACCAGCUAGCUUGUAAUCGAAUGCUAUUAUCGUGGACCGAGAAAUAAUUAUUUCUGACAAUUUCUA